UCUCCUUCUCUAUUUGUGUGAUCUCAUCUCAUCCCGUCCGAGAACAGUUAAAGCCAUUGCCGCUCUCUCAUCUCCAAUUUCUUCAGAGACUCGGUGAUGCCCAUACCUCACCAUGUCCUACCCAUAUCUCGCAAGGACAACCCUUAAAUACAAGUCGCCACAUGCCACCGAUCUCUCUUUUGCAAAAGGCGAAACAAUCAGAGUGACCGGGCAAUCUCCCGAGGAUGAAGAUUGGCUAGUAGGCGAGACCUUGGACGGCUCUCAUGCUGGUGGUUUCCCAAAGGAUUUCGUGGAGGCCAUCGAUGAAGGCUCAGUUGAAGCAACCGAAAAUGAAUCCAAGACGGGGGAUAACACUGCGCAACAGCUCCAACCAGUCACUCAAGAUUCAUCAAAGGAGUCUGAACGCCCUAAUAUUCUUUCAGAGACUGAUCCCAAAGCUGUAGAGGUCCCUUCUGAACUUGACACAGGAUCGUCCGAGGCUCAGGCUCAGGCUCAAGCUCCAGCUCAAGCUCCGGUCCCUGCUUCCCAAUCAGAAAGUCACGCCGACGAUGUCUCUCGUCCACAAAGUAUGAAAGAUCGAUUGGCCUUUUUCACUGCAGCCCAGAAUAAACCCGCUCCUCCUCCUCCUGUCAAGCCGAAACCCGCUGCUGGGGGUCUCACUUGGAGUCAGAGACAAAAGCUUAGGCAAGAGCAAGAAGCAAAAGAGAGGGAGGGUACGGUUGCUGCAAGCCCAGCAACUUCUACUCCUAUCGCGGCUCCUGCACCUUCGGUCCCGGAAACUAAACCGACGGACAAUGCAGAAAACAAAGAAGAGCAGGGAAGCGCCAUGUCAGCCGCUGACGCGUUGACCUCGAUAUCCAAAGGUGGUUCAUUGAAAGAACGUAUGGCGGCUCUCCAAGGAGUCGGCGCGUUUGGCGGGGGGGAGAAAAAGCCUCCGCCUCCUCCGCCUACAGGUAAAGUUUGGAAACGUCCUACCGUCCAAGAAAAAGAACCAGAGUCCCAAGACGAACCGGAAGCCGAAAACCAGAGCUCUGACGUCCAUGAACCCUUACCUAUUUCAGAUGAGCCUCGUGCACUAGAAUCAGACUCCAAGGACGAGGUUGCAAAAGAGGAAGAAACGGAGGAAGAGCAGGAAAAAGCUAAGAGAGCUGCCAUCGCGGCGAGGAUGGCAAAGCUUGGGGCAAGAGGUCCGAUGGGAAUGGUGCCGCCUGCCAAGCCAGUUAAGAAACCUACGCGCGAGAUGACUACAACUGCGGAAGACAAAAGUUUGACUUCUUCAGAAGCCGCUGGAGGUGAUACUGACCAAGUCGCUGAAGCUCCUACGAUAGAUUCGAAGCCAUCUGCAGCGUCCGCAAAACCCGAGUCUGUAUCAUCUCCCACUGAUGCUCCGGUCACGGCUCCCCCAAAGUCUAUCCCGAUCGCCGCUAUGCCUCGCCGUACUGCUGGCCCUCGCCGUCGUACUCAGACGUCUUCCGCGAAUCCGUCUUCGGAUGAUGUUUCUUCGCCACCGGCAGAAACUCAUCCUGUUCCACUUGCUCCGACUGAAGCUCCCGCCAGUGAAGGUGUUGCAGCUCCUGCGGAUACCGAAGCAGAACCGCAUGACCGGCUUGAAACCGUUAAUUCGAAAGGCGAACCAGUACCACCUAAACAGAUGAUGGUAUAUGAUGAGGAGGCUCCAUUGCAGAAGACGGAGGAACAGAUGAAGCAAGAACGAGAGGCCGAGGAGAGAGGAAGGGGUAUAGGAGGACUUGAAGGUGCUGAAGCUGCUGGUAUAGCUGUCUACAAGACUGGUGAAGCACGCGAGGAGCUGGCAGUCGAGUCACAAGCGUCUCAGGAUGAUAUGACUCGUGUAGACGAGCCGCCGACUGGUUCCGAUACAAGCCCGAACAAGCCGUUUGGCACAGAUGCUGUCAUGACUGACUCGGGUUCUGGUGAUGGCAAAUUGUUCUCUGGCCCUAGGUCCGGGGAGCAGUCGGUUGAAAGGGGAGGUGAGAGGGAAGAUGACAUGUCCUUUGCCCAGGGCGAGGUUUUCCAAGCCAGCGAAUCUAGGCCUGCCCGCGCUGCUGAGAAUGGUAUCCCUGGCGAAAACGUCGAUCCGGUGGACAUUGUUCCCCUUCAUCCUGCCGCAGAUGAGGGAUUGCCCGGUGAAGAGGACGCCCCUCCCCCACCGCCUCGGCGAGGGACGAUGACGAUGGAAGAUAUGCCUCUUGAUGAGUUGGAAAAGAAGCAUUUGCAAGAAGCUCGCGAGGAACCUCCCGCUGAAUCACCCGUCUCUGAUGACGAGACUCAUGAAGAGGAAGAGGAAGGUGCAUCCCCUUCCCCUCCGCCUAGCGCUGCUCAUCCGAGAGGGGAAGAGAAUCUCGAAGAAGGCACAAGCGAUAGACUUGAGCAGGAAGGGAGUGAGAUGGGGUCUAAAGGCGGCGAUGUGGUAACAAGUCAAGCGGGAGAGGAACCAAGAGUCCCGCCGCCGCCACCUAGGAUUAGAAAAGCUACAUCGUCUGUCGAGCUGCGGGAGGAAUCACCGACGCGGGAGGAGGCACCGACGUCGGAGGAGGAGGCACGUGCGUUUGUUACUGAAACCCCGCAUCGCUCCGAGUCGCAUCACUCCGAGACGCAUCACUCCGAGACACCUGCCAAAGAAGCUAAAGAACUGCCUGAAACCCCCGCGGCGGUUGGAGAGACUACCGUUUCUCAAGAGGAAGAGGAGGAUGCGGCUCGCCGAUCUGGUAUCGCUGCGCGAAUGGCGAAACUGGGUGGGAUAAAAUUCGGGAUCCCACCUCCUCAUCCCGCAAAGACACAUUCUGUCGAUACCGCUCCCGCUGGUUCGGACUCGAUACCCAGUCGGUCUGAAAAUCUAUCACCCGUUGAAAAGGAAGCUCCUCUUGCUGCCAACCUUGAGCCAGAGCGACCCGAAAGAGGCGAGGGUGAGGGAAAGACAGCUAGCUCUGAGGAGGAGACGCCCGAGCAGGAAGCUGCGAGGAGGAGAGCGACACUUGCUAGAUUGAGAGCCGGUGGUGCUUUGGGGUUUGGAAUGUUCAAUCAGCCUUCACAGAAGGAGCCGGAGGAGGUUGAAGAGAAGGAUGCCACAGGGGGUGAAGAGGCGUUUGAAGAACGUGGGCCGCCGCCUUUGCCUUUAGGCCGUCCUGGUCAAGAAACACCUCUAUCCACGGAUGAAGAUGUCGGUGCAAGGGAAGAGCAAGACGAGGAGCAAGUUGAAGAUGUCCCGCCUCCGCCUCCUGCGAGGCCCGUGAUCAAUACGGCGUAUGGAGAAGGUGAUGCCCAUCCUUUGUCUCAGUUUGUGCCGCCGCGCCCUGCAGUUGCCCCACCCGGAUCGGCUGCGGUUCCUCUCUCGCCUGUCGACCCAGACGGAAUGUCGCGUUCGCCUGUUGAAAGCGGAGAGGGAGAUGAUAUUCACAAGGCUGGCGCUGCUUCCAUGGAUGACCGCCGGCUCCCGCCUCUCCCUCCCGCUCCAGCUCCCGCUCUCCAGCAGGGAGAGUAUACUGUGGGUGAAGAGAGCGGGGACGGCAAUCCGCCUCCACCGCCUCCCAGGGCUGGCGGUCACCGUAUGAGCGUUCAGGGUGGGCCUGAAAGGGGUGCGAGCAUGUCGGGUGGGAGCACGUCGGGAGCUGGUCGGCAGGCAUCUUUGGAGCAGCCGGGAUCCCCAUCCGGAUCGGCAGCGCCUGCUGCGUCGCAGCUGCGCAUGAGCCCAGAGCCGUUUGCAGCAGGCGGCUUCGUCGCCGCGCCCAGCUCACAGACGAUGAACCUAAACAAGCAAGUAUCGAGCGACAGUCAGGAAGCGCCUGUCUCGUCGUUGGGCAGACAUGUUUCCGUUAGGCAAGGGACGAGGCCCGGGUAUGAUCAGCUGAAAGAAGCUUCUGCGACGUAUGGCCAGGGAGUGGUGAGAGCGGCGCGAGGGAUUUUUGCACAGGGCAAAAAGGGAUUCUAUGGAGACGGAAGCCCCUCGGGUUUCGUCGCGGUCGUCAUGGAUAGUGCCGGUGUAUCCCGGCCGUCGGAAGACUCGUGGGGCCAGGUCAUCUUUGAGCAGGAGGGAGGCUCGAUCCUUCGACGGUACGACGAGCCGCGGCCUGGAGACAUUGCGGCGUUUUACGAUGCGAAACUAAAGGGGAAGAAGGGCCUGCACACGUACACGCAGCAUGUCGGCUCGGUGGAAGAGCCGCUUGUGGGCAUAGUGGGCGAGUUUGAGGACCGCAAGCACAAGGUGAGGGUGCUGCAGGUGGAGAGAGGUGUGCCGGACGAGGUGAGCUACCGGUGUGAGGAUCUGAAGGGCGGCAAGGUUGUGAUUUUCCGAGCUGGGGUCUAGGCAGAGGUUUAUACUGUACAUGGAUAUGCAUAUGUGUGU